AUGCCUUCAACGUCUACCAUCAACAUGUUCGAGGACAACAUACUCAUUGAGAUCAAUGGUGUUGCCUCUACGUGGGAUACCUAUUGUCUUGGCCUAAAUAUAGUCACUCCUGGCUCCAAGAUAUCGGAAAGGCCAUUUGAGAGGGCUCAUCUGACUCCGGCCAUAUCUAGCACUAAUAUGAGCACACUCGAGGCUGACAACAUCAAGACAGAACCUGACCUAGUCGAGACUUGUGUAAAGUUCGAGGAGGACGACAAGGAUUCCAUAAAUUCUGUAUUUUCAAAGGAACGUGUCUCCAUGCAACCUACUCGCUCGACGCUGUGGUAA